AUGCCAAUACAGGCGCCCCAAUGGACAGAGUUUCUCAGCUGUCCCGUUUGCUGCAACGAGUUUGCGGCGAACCUUCGCCCACCGAUCAGUCUAGGAUGCGGUCACACCAUCUGCCGCACCUGUCUCGCCACGCUACACCACAGGCAGUGCCCCUUCGAUCAGACUGUUAUAUCGACUGAUUUAGAUUAUCUGCCGAUUAAUAAUGCAUUGCUGCAGUUAGUCAGUACACCGGGCGUUCCGUCUGCGUCGUCACCGUCAGCGUACGGUGGUACCACGAAAGGAACCGGAACCGGAAGCAACAAUCCCGUCGGCAAUGGCGGAAGCUCGUCACCGGGAGGUGGUAGCACACAGAGCGGCUGCAGUACCAACAGCACAAGCAGCACAAGCAGCACGAGCAACAGCAGCAGCAGCAGCACGAGCAGCAACAGCAGCAGCAGCAGCAGUAGUAGCAACAGCAGCACGUCGUCCUGUGAUCCUGCGCUAAAUGCUUCCACCGGUGGCGCAGGAUCGGCCAGCACCACCGAUCCGGACCUCAACUCGACGAGCGUCCAAAGCCUCACGCCCGAAAACCUACAAUGCUACAAGACGGCGAAGGCGUGCAUCGAAGAGCUGGCGCUCUACCUCAAACCGUGUUCGCCGUCGGGCAGCGGAUCGCUGGCCGGAAAUGGUGCCAGUGGUUCCAGCAGUGGUCCGAGCGGUGGCGCGAGCCUGCUGUCGCGACAAAUGCAACGGAAGCUGGUGAUACUGGUCAACUGUCAGCUGAUCGAGGAUGAGGGCCGAGCGCGAUCGCUACGUGCCGCUCGCUCGCUCGGCGAGCGAACGGUCAUGGAGCUGAUCCUGCACCAUCAGAACCCGCAGCAGCUGAGCACGAACCUGUGGGCGGCGGUACGAUCCCGCGGGUGUCAAUUCCUCGGCCCGGCCAUGCAGGAAGAGGUGCUAAAGCUGGUGCUUCUGGCGCUCGAGGACGGAUCGGCGCUGUCCCGCAAGGUGCUGGUGAUGUUCGUCGUGCAACGGCUUGAACCGCACUUUUCGCAAGCGUCCAAAACCAGCAUCGGUCACGUGGUUCAGCUGCUGUACCGAGCGAGCUGCUUCAAGGUGUCGAAACGUGAGGGUGACUCUUCGCUCAUGCAGCUGAAGGAAGAGUUCCGCACGUACGAAGCGUUACGUCGCGAACACGACGCACAGAUUGUGCAGAUCGCGACGGAAGCUGGGCUAAGGAUCGCACCGGAUCAGUGGUCUUCGCUGCUGUACGGCGACACGGCACACAAGUCGCACAUGCAGAGCAUCAACGACAAACUGCAGACACCACAAUCGUUCGUACAAUCAGUGCAAGAGCUGCUGAUCGCGCUCCAACGUACGGGUGAUCCUGCCAACUUGUCCGGGUUGCGCGUGCAGCUAAAACACCUAGCCGCGAUCGAUUGGAAUAGCGAAAAUCACGUGCCAAGCUGGGCAGAGUGUUCGGCCGCGUUGCAAGCGGUAAAGCGUGUUGUAGCCGGGCUGGUUGAUUUCGUGCAGCACCACGGUAACCGGAAGCUGCAGGAAGCGGGCCAUCUGGCGCACAAUCGCAACUACAAGAUCAGCCUGUGUCGUGAUCUUAACAACCGUGGCACCUGUCCGCGUGGUCCAAACUGUACGUUCGCACACUCGGACGAAGAGUUGGAGAAGUAUCGCACGAAGCUGCGCAAAAACCACGGCAAUAAUGGUACGGGCCCUUCUUCCAAUCUGCGCCUGAUGCCCAACGGCAAGGAUCACCAUCCGCAAGUGGUUGGUGGUGGUGCGAGUUCCAGCUCGAAUCAACAACAAGCAAGCAGCAGAACACGAUCGGGAGUAGACUUCCACGGACAUUCGACCGGUGGUAAUAAUGGUGACGGUACAAUGCACCAAAGUUCGUCCUCGUCGCACGGUUAUCACUCUUCCGGUGAGGAAGCAUCGGCUUCUCCCGUGCGAUUCCAAAAGCAAUCCUCCAUUGGAGGUGGUGGACGAGAUGGAGCAGCAAGUCACCAGCAUGGCCAUCGGAUGCUGGAGAAGAACCUCGCGAGUGGCAGCCAGGGUGGUGCUGGUGGUUCGGGAACUGUAGGUGGUGGCUCCAAUGGAUCAGGUGGAUCACAUCAUGGAUCGUUCGGUGGUGGUCCAGGAUCGAUGAAUGGAGGAAUUAGAGGACCGUAUCCGGUUGGUGGAGGUACUGCUGCUGGCCACUAUCAACAUUCCGGUGGCGGUAGCGGCGGUUCCAUGAACUAUCCUCAUUCCGGACGCGUGCCACCUCACUCGUCGGGUGCAACGGGAGGAGUUGUAUCUGGAGGACCCCCGGGAGGAGGAGGUCAUCACAACUCCCCGCAAGCGAUGCGGUAUCGAUCGUUGUCUCACAUGGGUGCAGGAUCUAAUGGUGGAAAUGGUAACGCUAGCGGAAACUAUCUACCGGGUGCAACAUCGACACCACCGCAUGCGAACAUGCUCCAGCAUGGUAAUGGAGGCAAUGGAGGACAUCUGUCAGGAGCGUAUCCUCAUCAGCUUGGUACCGCGCCAUCAGGAGCAGGAGGUGCGGUGUCCAUGCCGGGCGGUGGAGCUCAUCAAAUGGAUCAGCAGCAACAUCAACACCAUCAUCACCACGGUUUACAGGCACAUCAUCCGGCUGCUUACUUCGGUGGAGGAGACUAUCCGGAGGGCAAACACGGUGUAGAACACGGUCCACAUCAUCCGCAUGGUCACGGUCCAACGCGUCGACCACCGAACUAUUCCGGCUGGGACAAUCUCGCUAGUCCCCCACAUCAGCAUCAGCUCGGUGUAGGUGCGCACCAUGGAGUUCCGGGCAAAUUGGGACCCGGGGGACUUCAACAACAGCCCCAACAAGGUGGUGGUGGGUUUGGAAUGCCAGGUCCGGGUGGGCAACCACACCAUCCUCCAGCUGGUUCGGGUUCGUCGUACGGAACCGCUGGUGUAAGUCCCAAAAAUGGUCACACGACCGGUGCACCAACGACACCCAUGGGAUCCAAGUACAUGGGCGGAAUGCAGCAUCCGGGUGGGCAGCAAAAUUUCCACCACGGAAAGCUGGGACCGGGUGGAACCCAAGGACGCGAUUACAAGGAAAAACAUCAGGGUAAUCGGAUGCCAGGUGGACAUCUUGUACCACCGCAUGGACACGGAAUGCCUCAGACACCAUCCGUGGGACCAGGGUAUCCUUCCGGGCGUAAUGGUGCUGGUGGACCACCACCACCACAGGGUCCUCCCUAUCUUUCCUCACAGCUCUCGUUGGGGGGAGGUCCGGAUGCGAUAGGUAAAGGAGCCUCGGGACAAGGACCUCCACCACCACCGCUACCGGCGUACCAUAACGGACACAAUGGUUCGCAGGCUGCCUACCAGCAUCAUCACAAUCAGCACAUGCACCAUGGACCCUCGUCGUAUCAGCCACAGCGUCCAGGACUUGCAGAAGCCCAGGGCUACCACGCCAAGCUGGCUUUCGAGGCACUCGGUUCGGUGGCCGGUAGUAGCGCCAAGAAGUCGUACAAUUUGCAGCUGUUGAAUCAGCACCUGAGCGAUAUGGGCAUGCCAAACGCGGCUGCUCAAGCCGCCAACAAGGACAUGUUCAUCCGAUCGGAUUCUCUGCUGGCCGACGAUGACGCUCUGCUUGUGGCUGAGCACGAUUUUAACAACGCCUCGCAAUACGGACCGAUCUCGCGCAUGAACCCAAUCGGUACCGAGCGCACCGAUCUCGGGCUGAUGCCACGUGGCCAUCCAAGACCACCCAGUGGCCACCAGCAACGGGGUCUAUGGUCCACCUCUGGAUCCUCACUCGGAGACAAUCUUUCACCGACGGGUGGCGGAAACGGAGGCUCUAAUGCAUCAUCUCCGUUUUAUCCGAUCAACAACAGUGCCAGUGGCACUAACCAGCCGCUACACCAGCACCAUAAGCAGCUGAUGCAACAGCAACAGGCGCAAGGACCACAUCCUUACCACACGCAGCAUCAUCAAUCGGCUGGGGCGUCCGCGACCAUCAUGGGAAAGAUGGCACCGGAACCUAACAACAAUACGCUGGAUUUUGAUCUUUUGCAUGCUGACAAGAAGACGCUUGAGUACGAAUCGUCGGGAGCGAUGGGUGAUUGUUGCGAAACAGUCACCGCACCGCCGGGUAGUGGUGCCUCGAACGUAGAUCCCGACUAUCUGCUCCAUUCGUUGGUGUCACCAUCCGCGCUUGCCGGUGGACAUUACGGCGAGCAACAGCAGCAACACUUUCAGGCUCUGGUCAGUGGUUCGGGUGCGAUGAUGGGUGAGCGGCGAGAUUGUACGCUCCAACCGGCGCAACAGCAGCAGUUGAUGGGAAAAGGAUCGCGAUCGGAACGGUGUAAUGGUGGAGCGUUGAAUGAUCGUAUGAGUUCCUCAGGUUCGGCGCUAUCUCCUGCUUGCGCCUCCGACGAUCAACGCAAGCUGAACGAUAUUAAGAGUCCACAAUCGUCGCUGUCGGGCAUGCAGUCGCCCGCCUCUGGUAUGGCUAUCUCCGUGACCUCGGAAUCAACGUCCUGCACAACACCUCCGAUUGGUAGUGGCACAGGUCCUGGCGUGAUGUGGAACAAUUUGCUUGAUCUGUCCGGGCUUAAACCGUCGCCUCUUUCGGACACGCUUGGUGGUGACUCGCACGAUCAAGACGAUAGCAGUCCGACUGGGCGUUCGAACGGUGCUACUGCUGGAUAUGCCAUGUCUUUGACGCCCAGCUUCAAACGACCUGCAGACCAAUUUAAGCUAUCCAAAAUGAUGAUGGAUACUACGGCAGGCCAGCAGCAGCAGCAGGGUUUUCUUGGCCAACAAAGCAACGGAGGUGGAGUACCAGCGCCGGUGGUGUCAGAUUCGUUGAGCGAAGUAUGCCGCUUCCACGAGAUGCUCAAUAGCAGCCAGCCAGCGUCCCCGAGCUGUCUGAGUGAUCGUGCUGCCAGCGAUGAUCAACGGAAAAUGGGCGCUUUCAAGGAACUGAACGAUCUUCGGAUCCAACCAUCCACUGUGGCGGGUAUGCAGACGACAUCUUCCGCGAUGCUUACCUCAGUGACGUCUUCGUCGUCCCCAUCGAUGGUCUCAUCAACGGGGGGAUCAGAUGGCGUUCCGUCGUUGCAUGUUGACCAGUCAGUCGAAUCUAUGUGGAACAAUCUGCUCGAUUUAACCAGCCUAAACCCAGCGGCACUGCCUGCGAUGGCGUUGUCACCUUCCGGUUUAGAACAGUCGGGCUCCAGCGAUCCACUCGGUUCGGGUAGCUGCAACACCAGCACCACCAGUACGAUCAGCGCAGUCAUGAACACGAGCAACGGCAGUAGUGGCGAGGAUUCGUACGAAGCAGUAAUGGUGGAUGAUAUGCGCGAGCUUGAAUUGCGCCUCGAGUCCGUGCUGCAGAUUGACGAGAACGGAAUAUAA